GAUGUCUGAGGAUGCCGAGUAGAGUUUUAGAGUUAACGAGAUAAUUUGGGCGAAAGUCUUAGGCUGUAAGUAUAAUCUAAUUCUUUAGAUCCAUGGUGGCCUGCAAAAGUAAUUAUACAAUAAUCAUCUUAUAGAUUGCUUCAAUUACUAAUGUGAAUGGCAAGAAUGGAUAAUAUUGUGUAUACAGAGUUAAUUUUAUUGGAGACACUUCGCAGUAUCAUUUUAAGUUAGCAUUAUAGCGCCUAAUUAAGAUUUGAUAAAUUGAAGAAAUGGAAUCCUAAGCCUAUACAAUUAGAAACUAAAAAGUUAAAAGAAUCAAUAGAUUUAGCUAAUAAUUUGAUUGAAGGACUAGAAAAAGCAUAAGAAAUUACAUUAGGCAAUCUAAAUGACCAUAUUUUAAAGGAUCUAACUAUUAAACUGAAUGAUCUUGUUUAUCAUCAAAGUUCUAUAUAAGAAGUAAAUUGAUUAAAAUUAUGUCAUAGAUCGUUCAAACUUUGAAUCUAAUAAGCAACAAUGAAAAAUUAUUUAUUGUCAAACUAAAUUUAGGAUAAUAAUAUUUUGCAUUGUAUUAAGCCUUAAAAUAUGGGAAAGGGGAGAAUUAUCUUGAAAAUACCUAAGAUUUUAUUGAUUAGUUGAAAGCGAUUAUUGGUUUCCAAUUACAGCAAGAAUUCUUGACAAUUUAAAAAAAAUAAGAAAAGCCUACUCCCAACAGUGAUGACACUAAGGAAAUCACUGAUUCUCCUAUUAAGAAAAAGAAAAUUGAAGAAAUCUCUAAAGAUACACUUUGUAAUUAACAUUGA